AUGGCGAACUCGGCUGAAGUUGAUGAUAAAAAUUAUCAUAUAUUAAAUUCUUUUACUGAUGUAGAUAUCGAUGAAAGUGGAACCUUCAAGUAUAUACUAAUAAAAUUGACGGACAGAAGAUCUAGUUCAUCCAAAUUUAUUGUUCGCGGGUAUUCUUGGGCGAGCUAUCACGCUGAUAUUUUGGAUAGGUUGACAGCUUCCUUCGAAGCGGCUAGCUUAACUGUAGAAUGUGUUGGUGGAGGCAGAAUCCGGCGUAAUGAGAAUGAGAUUCUUGUAUAUGGAUAUUCUACGGGAUUUGGUAGAGCGGAUCAUACAAUAACAGCGGAAAGGCUAAGAAAGGCUUUCCCUACUCUUAAAAUAUCUUAUUCAAAUGAUGGUUACUAA